CCUCCCCCCUAUGGAUUAUUUAUCAAGUGGUAAAUCCCAUGUCGCGAUUUGCGGUAAUUGUGGAUACGGGAUCCAAGACAGCCGCCCGGAAUUAUAUUCUUAAUGUCCUACAACUCCGAUAACGUUAUCAUAACAGAGAAAUGAUGAAGAAAGAAGUCGAUAUGAAGACCAAAGAAUAUCUCUGCAACAGGUGUUUGAGCUAUGCGUGUUGAGGCAGAGGAGAACAAGCUAGUCAGCCAUCAGGUCAACUUUAUCGUUGUGCGCAAUUAUAGGUUACCAGUAUGCAUGAAUUAUGUUAACUUUAUUAACUCAAUUACUAAAAUGACUCGUAAUUUGACAAUUCUGUUGAUAUUAUGUAAAACAACAUUUGUUUUUGAUAAGUAAAAUGAACAAAUACAUGCUCAUUGAAAGACACCUGUCCAAAGAAAGUAUUUUUUUCUCUCACUUGGAUGAUGUAUGCAGAUCUCUGUCAAUUCAACGAGAUAUGCUUCUAAAUAGUGGACACACAUUUGUUAUCUUACUGUAAUGAUCACAGGACUGAAAUUAUAUUGGUAUCUACGAAGAAAAUUGUUCAAGAGUUAAAUAGAGGUUAAACCUCAUCUAGAUGCUGCGUUUAUAAAUACGGAGGAGUUGUCUAGACGCAGUUAUGGUGGUGGAGAGGACACUGCUUGCCGCAAGGCAGGGGGAUGUACAAACUCUGAAAGUGCAAUUAGCGGAGAAAGUACUGAACAGCGACGUAAAGGACCUUCUCGGAGCCUCACCUGUCCACCAUGCCGCCCGUGCUGGAAAACUGACUUGCCUACGUUUCCUCGUGGAAGAAGCGGGUUUACCGGGCAACAGUUUGGCGAAUAAUGGCGCCAGCCCCGCACACGACGCUGCUGCCACUGGUAACCUGGCCUGCUUACAGUGGCUAUUAACUCAAGGUGGAUGUCGUACUGCGGACCGGGAUAGUUCUGGAGCCACCGUUCUCCACCUCGCCUCCCGGUUCAGCCAUCACGAGAUCACAGAUUGGCUGCUGAAGAGCGGGGAAGCGGACACCGGGGCGUCCACAGACACUGGGGCCCUGCCUGUCCACUAUGCUGCUGCCAAGGGAGACCUGCCCUCCCUCCGUCUCCUGUUGGGACACAGCCCAAAUGUUGUCAAUUCCCAAACAAAGAAUGGUGCCACACCCCUAUACCUGGCCUGCCAGGAAGGUCACCUGGAGGUUGUCCAAUACCUGGUGAAAGACUGUGUGGCGGAACCAGGGAUCAGAGCCAAUGACGGGAUGACACCUCUGCAUGCCGCCGCCCAAAUGGGCCAUAACACUGUCAUCGUCUGGCUGGUGAGUUUCACAGAGAUCAGCCUGUCCGACCGGGAUGGUGACGGUGCCACGGCUAUGCACUUUGCCGCCAGCCGUGGCCACGCCAAGGUGCUCAGUUGGCUGCUGCUGCACGGCGGCGAGAUCAUCACCGACAGCUGGGGCGGAACGCCGCUACACGACGCCGCCGAGAAUGGGGAGCUGGAGUGUUGUCAGAUCCUGGUGGUUAACGGCGUGGACCUGGGCAUACGGGACCAGGACGGCUUCUCCGCGGCCGACCUGGCAGAGUACAACGGGCACGCCCAGUGUGCCAAGUACCUGCGCAAUGUGGAGAACAUGAGUGUGGAGCACCGCGUGCUUUCCAGAGACCCAUCGGCUGACCUGGAGUACAACAAGCAGCCUGAUUCAGGUUUGUCGUCCCCCAACAACACCAUGCCCCCAUCGGGGUCGGGGCAGGCCCAGCAACCCGUCCACUUCGACAUGGGCUCGCCCUCCAGCACUCUGUCCAAUUACGACUCGGCCAACUCCAGUCAGUCCAGCACAGGAGGGAAAAGGAGCGGCUCGCCCCCAUCGUCGCGAGUCCCGGCUGGUGGAGGCCCAACGGAGUCGACCAUCAAUGACAUGCAGACCUACAUGGACAUGCUGAACCCAGACGUAGGUGGUGGAGUUCCCAACAGCAAGGACCCCGCCACCAACGCCGCCACUCAGCAGCCUCCCCCACCCCCGCCACCCUUUCCACCACCCCCUCCCCCUGACUGCCCCUCCCAACUACCUCCACCCCCCGGCUACCCGCCACCCCAGCCCCCCGAGGACUCAGACGCCGAGAUCUACUUGAAGGUGAAGAGCAACCUGAGGCAUGUGGAGAAUGAGCAACUGACUCCAGGAGAUCACCACGAUAGGCUGCGUCGGGUGGACUCCAACAGAAAGUCUCGAAACUUCAACAAGCAGCCCAGCACCGGGGACUACUACAAAGCCCUGGGUAGCGACACGGUAGACAACCGUGGGAUCAGAGCCAUGGCGCCUAACGAGGAGGGUUCUGUGCUAUUGGAGGAGCCAGCUGACAGCCCCGCCCCCAGCCCCGAGAACGGCACCACGGAGGAGUUGUCCCUCCCUCCUCCUCUUCCUCCUCUCCCGCCUCCCCUCCCCAUCAGCAACCCCACCCCGGCACCCCCUCCUCCCCCACCACUGCCCUCGGAAAUGCCCACCUACCAGUACAGCCCUUCCGCAAACACCAACCAGCGACGCCCCUCCUCCUCUUCAGGAAGCAACAAAUCUUUCAACAUGAUGUCCCCCACCGGAGACAACUCGGAGCUGCUGGCUGAAAUAAAAGCGGGGAAGAACCUGAAGCCCACUCCACACAGUAAAGGCUACACCACUGUCUUCUCCAACAGCGGCCCGCCGGGCAACAACGAAGAGAGCCCUACGUCCCCGCCCCAGACCCGCACGGUCAGCCCGCCAUCAGCCAAGCCCAUGUCCCCGCCCCCUGCUGCCAGCGCCACUUCGCCACCCACCACCCCCAGCCCGGUUGGCACAGGCACGCCCCGGACCCUCUCCACCUCUCAGAGCAGCGAGCAGCUCCUCAAUGGGAAUGGCAGCGGAGCAGCGUCGGCAUCUAGCCUGAUGGGCCAGACCCGGAAGGGUAGCCUGGCGGACGUGGAGGCCCUAGUGCCCACACACGAUGAGCAGGGCCGGGCCAUCCCCGAGUGGAAGAGGCAGGUGAUGGUGCGCAAGCUCCAGGUCAAGAUGCAGGAGGAGGAAGAACACAAACGCAAGUUUGCGGCCUGUGGACACUACCAGCCUCAGGAGUGGCACUACUCUCAUGUCCACAAUGCCAUCCUGGGCCCCUUUGGAGAGCUGAUGAUGGAGGAUGACCUCAUCCGCAUUGAGAAGCAAAUCGAGAACCUGCAGGUCAUGCACAAGGUGACGGAGGUGGAAAAGGAACUGGAAGAGUUGGAGCGAGAGCUUCAACAACUUCUUCCCGUGUCUGCCGCCCUCAACCAGGAGCACUUCUACAUCAACCCCAAGCAAGUUCACGGGCAAGCGGAAGAUCUACCAGCCUGGUGCAGCAAAAUCUCAACGCUGCUCAAGAGCAUGGCUAUUCUCCUGGCCACCCUGGGAGGCAAGACGAUAGACAUCUUGGAUUUGAUAUCUCCCGGAUAUGCUCAGGAGGAAGGGAGUAACAAUAGGAUGGGCCAGAUGACCCCAGCAGGGUCCAUUGCCACUGGGGUCAUCGGACGAUCCCAGUCGUUCUCCACUAGGGAGGAGGUGGAGAAGGAGAUCAAGCAGUGUGGCGUCUCUGUGAAGAACCUGAAGGCCAACUAUGAGAUUCAAAACCAGUUCCAGUUUGCUGACGACAAAACGAACCGGGUGUACAAGCGCAAGAGGUCCCUCCCUGUGGUGAGCGAGUCCAGUUAUCGCCCCGAGCCGAUUCAGGAGGAUGAGGUCCCAUGUUCCCCUGCAGAGGUCCUCCAGUCCCCUGACAAUGGAGACCUUUCUCCAGUCCAGGAAUCUCUGCCGCUGGUGGAGGAACCUCUAAUCAUGCCAUCUCAUGCUCCUCUUACAUACCAGUCUUCUGAUGUGAUCCCUCAGUCUGAUCAGUUCAACCAGGUUCUGUCUACAGACCCUAUACUGAACCACGAGCAGCUGACCCGGAGCCUGGAGGUGCAGACGGACAUGAGCUACGUCCAAGAGUGCAUUGAGAUGAGGAAGGAGCGGAUCGUCUUCUUGUUCCUGGAACACUGGAGAAAGUACACCCUCUCAGAGUCCUACAGGCCAAAGUACACAGGCAAACAGGGAAGUCUAAGGGUGGGUCUGGAUGAAUAUAACCGGUUCACCGCUGAUCUGGAAGGAGACACACCGAGUGAGGAUGACAAAACACUCCUAUUCAUGAAGUCCAGGCAAGUGGUAGGGAACCUGAUUGGCCACUGGAGGACCAUCAUGAGCCAGGUGCCCACUCGCCAGAUCCGCCGGCUCAGUCGGGCCCAGAUGAUCUACUGGCCGGAGCAUUUCCUGCCACACGUUAAUGGAGCACCGGUCAGCUACGAGACCCUGACCCUAGACCUCUUUAUGCUGGGCUACUUCCAACUCCUAGAGAUGAGCAUGUCGCGCAGUGAGCGGAAGUUCCGCCACCUACUGUGCUACGAGAUGUUCGACCGCCUCGGAAGCUACAGCUGGGAGCUGAUUCGCCAGUUCCACCGUGAGGUCAUGGAGGAGAUUGAGCAAGGGAAGCGGGACUGGGCGGACAGCUUUGAAGACAUUAAGCAAAAAUACUUUGGUGAUUCUGCGGACGGGGGAGGAAUGAUGACCGCCUCGCUACUUUCAAUUGCUCCUGAGGUGUCGGUAGUGCCAGUCCAGGAGCUGUUGCCUGCCCCAGAACCAAACAUGUAUUUGCCUUCGAAUGCUGUACAGGAUAGUGUCCAGCUUACUUCUCAGGACUGCAUUAACCAUGCAGAGCAGAGUGCAGUGAAGGACACUGUGGAGGACACUGUUCAGGCAGAUGUGAACACUUCUGAGCCGAGUCCAACGAAUGGGCCUAUUCAGGAUGCCGUGAAGCCUGAAAGUGUAGCACAAGAGAGUGUUCCAAAAGACACAGUUCAGACUUCUGUGCAGGAUUCAGCGCAGACAACUGGGCAGGAUACUGUUCAGGAGGCUUUGCAAGACUCAGUAGACCAGGUUGUGACAACUGAGACCACAGUACAGAGUGUAGGGAAGUGUGUGACGCAGGACAUUGCACCUGCUCCACUUCAAGUCACCAUAGUCACACCCGUAUAUGAACCUCCGCACAGAGAAGAGCCCAUUGAAGACUCAAUCAAACUGAUCUACGAACUGAAAGAGUUCAGCAAUGAGGAGAUCAGCAGAUACAUUGAGCGCAGCUUUGCCUUCUGGAAGGAAAAGGAAGCUGAACUGUUUGAUAUCUGACCAUCAGAGAUAAGCAGAAGAUAUGUGGAAUAGUCUUUACACAAAAGUGUUAGGCUAAACAUGCUUGGACAAAGCAGGCAACAAAGACACGAGGGAAAGUGUCAAGGAAACUAACCUCCUAUGUGGAACAUGCUAGGGAGAGAGCUAAUCUGUGUUUUAGCCUUGAGGCCUCAGAUAACACAAGGAACUGUGACAUGGUUUCAGUAAGGAAAGGAGCAUCCAGCCUGUGAUUGGAUGUCCGGCAGUCAAAUCACUUUGUCUUGUCAACCACUGAUAUGCAAAAAACUAUCAGAUGUAAUGAUACAGUAGAAGAGGGAGUGCUCUAAAUGUGCUACCAGCAAUGACUCCCUGAAUUCUAAUUAGUCUUUGGAACAAAUAUAUUUUAUUAAAGUUUCUUAUCUGUUAUUGGUUUGCUAGAGUAGUUCUUUGAUAUCCAAAGACAGGCCCUAAAGUUGGAGAAUGUAGUGUGUGAGGUGGUUUUUCAAACGUAAUAUAACAUGUUAUACUUAAGCAAGUCCAUUUGGACAUAAUGCAACCUACUGUAUGUAACAUAAUUUUAUCAAACAGGAAUAAUGUAGUUUUUUUAUGUCAUAAUGUAGAGAAGAGUUG